AUGUCAAAUAUUGCUUACGGAAAGGGACCAAAAGAUUCAAACAUCCCAGCAGCGUCACAAUCACCAGAAAGCCUAUUAAUGAGCGAUUCCAUCAUCAAAAUGAACGUUGGAUGUACAAAUCUUCCAAAAUUAGAUUAUUAUAGCGAUUCUGAUCCAAUGGUUGUCAUGCUUAUACCAGACAAAAUCAAGGGCGGCUAUGUUGAAGUAGAUCGCACAGAAAUAAUACAGAAUACUGAAAAUCCAACCUUUGUUCAUUUCUUCCAAGCCCUUUAUCGCUUCGAAACUCAACAGCCUUUAAGGUUUGAAAUAUACGAUUCUGAUUCCAAUUCAAAUUCCUUAUCUCACCAAGAAUAUAUCGGUAAAGUUGACACAGAUGUUUUUACAAUUAUCUCAAACUUACAGGCUAAGCAAGAAUUCAAGAUAGAAUCAAAGUAUAACGAAGACUCAAAGCUCAUUAUUGUUGCAGAGCAACAUAUUGAGUCAAAGGAAGUAGUCGAAAUGUUAAUAUCAGUCAAGGACCUUAAGAGAAUGCGCACAUUCAGUAGAAACAGACCAUUCUUUACAAUUACAAAAGCAAACGAGUCAGGAGUUGAAAUUCCUGUUUACAGAUCAGAAGUAGUUCCGAAAUGCGUAAGUUGCACAUUCAAUAGAUUCAUAGUACCAUUGAAUGCGUUCUGCGAUGGUAAUUUGGACACUCCGAUGACUAUUAAAGUCAGUGAUUACCAUAAUUUCGAUCCAGCAAAGGAUAUUGGCGCUUUCCAGGCUUCCGUUAAGGAUCUUUUGGAAAAGAAAACAUACGAGUUACAGCCAACGAAACCAGUUCCUAAUUCUGCAAAUAAAAAUUCCGAAAACAAGUCUAAGAAGAAGAAAGACACCUUGGGAUCUGUCACAAUCAUGGAGAUGAGGGUCCGUAAGCAGCCAAACUUCCUUAAUUAUCUCGAAGGCGGCUUGAAGAUCAAAUUAAUUACAGCUGUUGACUUUACAGGUUCAAAUGGCAAUCCAAAGGAAUACGGAUCAACCCAUUACAUCGGAUCAACGCCUAACCAAUACCAGCAGUCAAUUCAAAGGGUCGGACAAAUACUUUGCCCAUACGAUUCCGAUCAGAAAUUUACGGUUUUCGGUUUUGGUGGUGUUUACAAAGGAUUUACAAGCGAUUGCUUCCCUCUUAACGGUAACAAGGAGAAACCAGAGGUCUACAGUCUCGAAGAGAUCUUAGAUGUCUACAAACAUAGUAUUUUAAAGUAUGAUUUGAGCGGACCAACGAAUUUCGCAAAAAUUAUCAAGAAAUCAAUCGAAAUAUCCGAAAGAAACUGGAAAGAAAGCAAGAGCUACACCAUUCUACUCAUUAUGACCGAUGGAAUCAUUUCUGACUUCAAAGCUACAGCUGAUCUCAUAGUUAAAGGUAGUGAACUACCUCUUUCCAUCAUUAUUGUCGGUGUAUGA